GGGUAUAUGCCCUAUUCAAAACCCUUUCUUAUACUCUAUGACCAAAUUGAUGCUGUAUAAGAACCAACCGAAUUAGGGUUUCUAGGGUUUUAUUUAUCGAAGACAAAGAAGUUUGCUGCUGCCGCCGCCAUGGUGUUAAAGACCGAGCUCUGCAGAUUCAGUGGCCAGAAGAUUUAUCCUGGAAGGGGUAUUAGGUUCAUUCGAUCAGACUCUCAGGUCUUUUUGUUUGCAAAUUCCAAAUGCAAGAGGUAUUUCCAUAAUAAACUGAAGCCCUCAAAGCUCACAUGGACAGCCAUGUACCGAAAGCAACAUAAGAAGGACAUUGCUCAAGAAGCUGUGAAGAAGAGGCGUCGUGCCACAAAGAAGCCUUACUCUAGGGCUAUUGUGGGAGCCACAUUGGAAGUCAUUCAGAAGAAAAGAAGUGAGAAACCUGAAGUUCGUGAUGCUGCUAGGGAGGCAGCUCUUCGUGAAAUCAAAGAGAGGAUCAAGAAAACUAAAGAUGAGAAGAAGGCAAAGAAAGCAGAGGUAGUAUCGAAGCAAAAGACACAAGGAAAGAGUGGAAAUGUGGCUAAAGGAGGUAAGGGACCUAAGAUUGGAGGUGGUGGUGGGAAACGUUGAAGUUUCAUAUUUGCUACCUGCUUUUUUUUUUUACAUGCUAGGAGACAACUUUUGAAUGUUUGUUACUUUUUAUGUCGAUUCCAUUGAGACAUUCUUUUUGUUCAGAUGUUUGUUACCAUUUACAAUUUCCAAUAUCAAAACAAUAUCUACUUUUGAACCA